GGGAGCCCCUCCCAGGGGGCGGGGCCAAGGGUUUCUCCCCAGCACCGCUGUGCAGAGUCUGAAUCUCCAGGGUCUCCAGUUUAGAAAAGCCUAUGCAAAGCCUAGCAGAAGCCAAGGUGCUUAUCAGCAGAUCUUUUAUGAUCGUUUGGUAAAAGCUCUGCGGGUCUGCACAGGUCGCCUCCCUCGGAGCUCGGCGACUGAACGUCGGAGCCGGCCCUCGGCCCCCCCCUGCAGUCGGAAGGUUACAGCAGCGGGAGCCAGAGAGGCGGUGGCGGCGGCCCAGGAAGGAGCAGCAGCGCCCGGGCUCUUGCUCUUGCAGAACUCCCAAGAUCUCAUAAAGAAAUUUGUAGUCAGAACUUUAUGCUGCAUUUUUAUUCAGGAAAGAAGCAGGAAGAGAAGAGUGUCAUUUCCUAGGAAUCCAGCACUGGAGAAACGAGAACAAUUCUUCCAAGGAUGGUCUCCCAUUCAGAGUUGAGGAAACUUUUCUGUUCAGCUGAUGCAGUAUGCUUUGAUGUUGAUAGCACAGUCAUCAGAGAAGAAGGAAUUGAUGAGCUAGCCAAAUUCUGUGGAGUUGAGGAUGCUGUGUCAGAAAUGACACGGCGAGCCAUGGGUGGGGCAGUGCCUUUCAAGGCUGCCCUCACAGAGCGCUUAGCGCUGAUCCAGCCCUCCAGGGAACAGGUACAAAGGCUCAUAGCAGAGCACCCCCCCCACCUGACUCCUGGCAUAAGGGAGCUGGUAAGUCGCCUGCAAGAGCGAAAUGUUCAGGUUUUCCUAAUAUCUGGUGGCUUUAGGAGCAUUGUGGAGCAUAUUGCUUCCAAGCUCAAUAUCCCAUCAACCAACGUAUUUGCCAAUAGGCUGAAAUUCUACUUCAAUGGUGAAUAUGCAGGUUUUGAUGAGAUGCAGCCAACAGCCGAAUCUGGUGGGAAAGGAAAAGUUAUUAAACUUUUAAAGGAAAAAUUUCAUUUUAAGAAAAUUAUCAUGAUUGGAGACGGAGCCACAGACAUGGAAGCCUGUCCUCCUGCUGUAGGAUGUUUUCAUUGGAUUUGGAGGAAAUGUGAUCAGACAACAAGUAAAAGACAACGCUGAAUGGUACAUCACUGAUUUUGUAGAGCUUUUAGGAGAACUUGAAGAAUAAUAUCAAUUUUUAUACAGUUUGUAACAACUUCGGUUAAUUUUUAAAAGUUAUACAGUUUGAUACCAUUUGCCUAAAAUUGUCUAUUACAACUUAAUGUAUAGAUUUGGUACUCAUUAUCUGUACUUCAAGUAAACUAUGGAAAACUGCUUUUUUUAACUGCAGUCCUAGUAUUAUUAUGACCAUUAAUUACCUGGAUAGUUUUAUAAUCUUAAUUCUUUAUGUAUUUUCCUAUCUGUAUUUUAUUUGAAGCCUUUUAAAGGUGGAUAGUAAAUUAAACACCGUCACUGUUGGAAAUAUGGGUUAGGCAGCUUUAGGUGACUAUUGGUUUUCCCUGUGGUAGGUAAAUAAAAGUUAUCCAUGUAUCAGAA